AGUUGGGGCACCGUUGCCCAGCAACAGGUGGUGCCCGCCUUUCCGGCCUCAUCUGAGGCAACUGCCGGCACCCUGCACAGGGAGGAGUGCUCUGAAGAGAGAGGCAGGAGCCCUGGGGCUGCCCUGACAUAAGAUGUCUUCAACCCCAGAGCAGCCCUCUGGGCACAUGGAGGGACUCUCUGAGUCGGAGCUGGUUACGUGGCCUCCACUGCCCUGUGGGCCCUGCAUCCCCAUCAUGCUGGCCUUGGCCUUUCUUGCCGCCCUCUUCCUCCUAACCACAGCUGUGUUGGCCGAACGCCUCUUCCGCCGCUCUCUGCGCCCAGACCCCAACUACCAUGCACCCACCCUGGUCUGGCGUCCUGGAGGAGAGCUGUGGAUCGAGCCCAGGGGCACUCCCCGAGAGCGCUCGGAAGACUGGUAUGGCUCUGCAGUCCCCUUGCUGAUGGAUGGGGCCCCAGAUCCUCCCACCCCUGGGGGCACCUUGGAGGCCCGAGCCACAGCCCCACCAGUCCCCACAGCUCCACUCACCCCUCCCAGCUCCGUGGUCCUCCAGAGCCCACCCAGGGCCCCAGUCCGCAGCACCUUCUGGGGGCCCCAGGCUUUGGAGGAGAGGCCCUACGCCCCAGGCCUGGUGAGCUGGGCUGAGCCUGAACUGAGGCCAGAGGCCAGCAUGCACUUGGGGAGCCCACAGCCCCGGAGGCAGCGGCUGGGGAGCCCUGAUCCUGAGUGGGGCCUCCAGCCACGGGUCACCCUGGAGCAGAUCUCAGCUUUCUGGAGGCGUGAAGGUCGGACCAGUGUGGGGUUCUGAUUCCCAAGGGCCUGGAGGACUGGCCUCUCCUGAGGAAGGCCCUACCUCAGAGGGUCUCUCUGAGGCCUUAAGACUCUGAGGCUCCAGCCUGUGAGCCCAAGUUCAUACUUGGGCCCACAGGGAAGAACACCCCUCUGAAGGCCUUUUACAUCCGGAUUUCAAGUCCCUGGAUCUGGGACUGGGCAGGCACUGUAUGGACAGAGCAUGUGCUGCAGGGGAAGCCCAGAAGUGUCUCUCUGGCUGCCCAGGGCGGAGGCUCAGAGAAUUGGAGGUGGUGCCAACUAUGGGCCACAAGCCGCCAAAUCACAUUCUAGAUUAAGAAAGAUCUCAAGAUAACAAACAGGUAGGAAAUAGCAUCAUCACAGAAGCUUCCGCCUUCCUUCAUUGUCACCUAAGACAGCGACAUCAAGUGCAGGGGUCCUGUGGAGGCUGAAGAACAGACUGAGUGUAGCUGAGUGUCAGUCCUGCCAGCAGAAGAGGACAGGAGGCCAGCCUCCCAGAGCCACGGCUUGUGUGCCUCCAGGAAAACACAGACUGAGGUCAAGAGCAGGCAAAGGAGCACCAUACUACGUCCAAACUGUAGCUUUGACCCCAUCUUGCAACAGGAAACUCGGUCACCAAAUUGGAGAGGCCCCUCCUUGCCUCCAGCUAGGACCUCGAGUCAGUGGACAUCAGCGGACAGCGGUCCCACGAAGGCUGACACCUGGCAGCCCUCUGACUCUGACCCUCCAGGGUGAGGGAGGCCGGCCCACACAAUCUGAGUUUGAUCCCGUGCAGAAAGGAGCACUGUCACAGGGCAGAGCAGUGCCCAGUGUGCGGGCUCUGGCCAUCCUCCCUCCCAGCUUGCUGGAUCAAUCCAGAUAGACAGAUUUGCCCCGUGACAGGCUUAUUUAUAAUGCUCCACCCGGUAGAAAUAUUCCACCCAGUGGAAAUGAUUCUAUAACCAUCUGUAUCACCUGGCCACCCCUCUGGGAGGAGAGCCAGGGGCUGUGUUCCCGGGGGUCCAAUUUCCCAAACAUUCCAUCAUGCAUGUUAGGAUUUUUGCCUUAUCAUCUUACCACCUGUACUAUUAUUUACUUUAUUUGUUUCUGUAAGGUAAUUUACUAUUUGUUUAAUAAAUUUAUUGCAAAGGAACA